GGAUUAUAUAUGAUGAAUAUAUAUUCACGGCGCUCGUCAACUUUAGGUUUAGUGGCGUCGUUGUUUUCUUUUUGGAGUAGGAAGGUUCGAGAACUUGCAGCUCUAUUUCUGUUUCUGUUUCUGUAACUGCUCAAGAAGAAUCUUGAUAGUAACUACGAACAUUUUCCCAAUGAAAUUUUCCCCCUCCUCUGUGCAGGUAUUUCGAUGCGAACCGAAAGAAGGACGAGUGGGUUCUGGACUACUAC